CGGAAAAGAAAGUUUGUGUUUUGUCAACAUCUUAUUUGGUUUUCAUUUUAAAAAUAUUUUUCACUGUGUCCGAGCUAGUCAAGGUUUUACUGUCUUACUGGUGAAUCGUAUUGAGAGAGGAGAAUUGCCAUAGAUGUUCUGUACUAAGAUUGUGACAUGCCAAUAUCACAACUUUACAAUAGGUCAUAGAUGUAAGGGGAUAUAACUCCAGAGAACAUUGCCACCUCAGUUGAUAACGGUGAAAGAUGAAUUCAUCGACUGUAAAAGUUGACACAACACCAUCUCUGAUGACCACCAGAGGGCAGGCCUCUGUUUACAGCACCACAACGAAUAGUACGUCCAGUCUGGUGAACGUUACCAUGGAGACGUACUUAACAACCACAGAGACUUACUUAACAACCACAGAUGACACAGAUUUCUUCGGCCAUCUUGAUUUGCGCGACGAGACAACAUUUGUGGCUCUGAUUGUGAUGGGCGUGUUUGUUCCUGCGAUCUUCAUCACCAUGUUCCUGCUUAUUUACUUCAAGAGGAGAAAACAGGUCAAAGAACGCAAAGCCGUCAUGUUGUUACGGAACGCCCAGGACAUGGCGCUUGAUGAUUACACCUGCACUAUUCGGUGAUCUGAACCACGAAACACAUCUUAACACACCGUCUGACUCAGUGGAAAAUUCAGCGCAGGGCUCAAACUUAACGACGGCAAUUGUCGUAGGUCAGGCACUUUACUGAUGGCAGUUUUUUGCAGCUGGAUAAAAAUUACUGCUGUCGAUUGAAGGGAUCAUAUUCAGUUUUUAUAUUUGUUGCACAAGUUACUGGUUUUAAAUUGCAGUAGGCAGGCUAAACAUUGAUAUAGGUGAAUAUUUUGCCUAUGGCGAAAACUUUUAAAAAAUGUCAUAGGUGACAAAUGCUUAAUUUCAAGCCCUACAGUGGAGGUUGUGGGUGUGAAGAAGAUGGUUGAGGGGAUAUGUCAGUCACCCCCUCCUCAAAAUGAAAAUUCUUCAGUUGGUUUUCCAAACACUAAGUUUCAAAACUGUGUAAAGUUCUGACGAUUUUUGUCUUGAAAAUGCUUCCCUUUUCCAUAUUCUUCCAUUUGAGUAUUUAAUAGUAAAAGAGCUAAAGGUAGGAUGUCAACACCUGUGAUUAAAAAAUGUAACAUGGAAUGUUUUGACCAGACCCAGCUAAGUAGUUUUUAACCUUUUGUUUUAAAUAAUUAAUAUAUAUCUAAUAUUCUGACUGGUCGGUCUUUAUAUGCUGAUGGAAAAAAAUAAGAGAACACAAUAAAUUGUAGACCAAAUUCAAUCACAACUAGCGUAGUAAUGUCUGUAUUUUAUACCAAGUUGUAAUGUGGGACUGAAUGUCUGUAGUGUUGA